GCCUGUGUCGUCAUCUUCUCCUCCCUUUCGUCUUCCACUGUUUCACAUAUCGUGUCUGAUCUCUGAGCCCCUGAGCUCGAAUUUUGUCUCUGCACUUCGCCAGGUGGAUUUUACGUCUAGGGUUGAGGCAACGAUUUCUGGGUUAAUCGCAUGGGUUUUGAUUCUGUUCCGAUUUUCGAACUGGUGAAGCAUAGAAUAUGGCGGGAGAAGGUGACGAGGAUGUGCCGAGAGAUGCGAAGAUUGUGAAAUCUCUGCUCAAAUCGAUGGGAGUGGAGGAUUACGAGCCGCGUGUGAUACACCAGUUCCUAGAGUUGUGGUAUCGCUAUGUCGUCGAAGUGCUGACGGAUGCUCAGAUUUACUCCGAACAUGCCGGAAAAUCCACCAUCGACUGUGACGAUGUCAAGCUCGCGAUCCAAUCCAAGGUUAACUUCAGCUUCUCUCAGCCACCACCACGAGAGGUGCUGCUGGAACUGGCCGCCAACAGGAACAAGAUCCCUUUACCGAAAUCGAUAGCAGGACCGGGUAUUCCACUUCCACCUGAGCAAGACACGCUGAUUAGUCCGAACUACCAACUCAUUGUACCGAGAAAGCCGGCUUCUCAUGCACCUGAAGAAACAGAAGAAGAUGAGGAAAAUGGUGAUCCUUCUCAGUCCUCACAGGAACAACAACAGCAACAAACAACAGAUCUUCCAAACCGAACUCCUCAAAGGGUCUCAUUCCCACUCUCUAAACGCUCCAAUUGAGAGAGGGAGAGAGACACUGGUAGCAUCCUGCCUGUGUAAAGAACAGAACUAGCAAUGGUUAAAUGUAACCUUUGUCUAUGGAUGUGGUGUACACAUUCUUGACCAAAUGUAUGUUUACAUGUUCUUUUUAUGGGAUCAAAACGAGGCUUUUUAGA